GGCUCUGGUGGUGUCACACAACAGUGUGAUGUCAAUGAAAGCUAGCAGAAAUUACCUAACUAGCUUUAGUGUCAUAUAUCCAUAGACUUGGGUUUAUUAAUUGGGUCUUGUGGGGUUCCUCUGAUUUGGGCCUUUCUGGUAUUAUCUGAACCACUAAGUUGCUGAUACCAUCUUUCCUGUUAGCAUGCAGAAAGCGGUGAGGAAGAUGCACUCCUGCAGUUGGUUUUAAUCUACCCUUUAAAUAUGUCAGUGUAAAGUGGUAUGAUUGAGGCUUUGUGGUAAGCCAUAUGCCUUGAGCUUGUGCAAAUGAAAAGUUUGAAUUAGCUGCUAUAUAUGUGCGUAUGCAUGUGUGUAUGAAAGAACAUGAGGGUAACAGAAGAUCAAUCCAGCAAAAACAACUUGAGGUUAAAAUGCAUGCCAUGUUGGUUUAGUUGAAUUUCUUGUUUACGUUAGAUACUGAGAUGCAGGGCCCAGGUGCUUAAGACCAUACUGUACAAUCCUAUACAUGUUGACUCAGAAGUAAUUCCCAUUGAGUUCCGUAGGGUUUACUCCCAGGUAAGUGGUUAUGGGAUUGUAGGCUAAAUCUAGCAGGCAGAUUUCUGAAGUGUCCAGUUGAUUACUCUCCUGGAAAUAAAUCCCAUCAAUUCACUUCCUUGUUAAAGUGUGUUGGUAUUAAUGUGUCAUAUGCCAAUCGUUCCUAUGCAUUGCAAGGAGGUUGAACUAGAUGAUCCUCGUGGGUCACCCUGCAAUUCUAUAAUUCUGUGAUUGAAUAACAGGAAUGUUAAUAAGCUGUUUUUAAAAACUUAGGUCAGUUCAUCCAUUUGCUAACAAAGGAAGUACAUUAUUUUUAGAAAUACUCAAAUUUUGCAUCAGAAUUUUAAUUCUGUUAUUGAGUUAGACAAUUUAAAUUCUUUUCCUCAAUGUGUUAAAAUAGAUCAAGUUUAAUCCAAACAUGAUUUCCAUAACCUGUCUGUCUGCACAAAACAUUUAUUAUUGAAGUUUGCUAAGUGGAAUCUGUGCUAUGGUGCCUCAUUAAUCUCCUUUACUUCUUCUCAAACUGGGGCUUCCUGCUUCCUUGACAUGAAGACUGUUGCUGUGAGGAGAUAGGAGGUAAGCGCAGAGCACUGAAGUUGAAUUUUGCAAACCCACCUUUCAAAUCCACAGCGCGAUUUACUUUGAACCCUGGAGUUCCUUUUCAGAAUCCACACAUUGAUACACAAGCAACAAUGGGUAGUAAUCACAUUGCCCCGUUCACUUUCAAAAGGAGAGAAGCGGAGAUGAUCGUGAAACUUUCCAGCAGGCUACAAGAGAGACUGAGAACACACAGCAUUGAAUCAUCAGGAAAAUUGAAGAUUUCCCCUGAACAACAUUGGGAUUUUACUGCAGAGGACUUGAAAGAUCUUGGAGAAAUUGGACGAGGCGCUUAUGGUUCUGUCAACAAAAUGGUCCACAAACCAAGUGGGCAAAUUAUGGCUGUUAAAAGAAUUCGUUCGACAGUGGAUGAAAAGGAACAGAAACAGCUUUUAAUGGAUUUGGAUGUAGUUAUGCGAAGUAGUGAUUGCCCAUAUAUUGUUCAGUUUUAUGGAGCACUCUUCAGAGAGGGUGACUGUUGGAUCUGUAUGGAGCUCAUGUCUACCUCGUUUGAUAAAUUUUACAAAUAUGUAUAUAGUGUAUUAGAUGACGUUAUUCCAGAAGAAAUUCUAGGCAAAAUCACUUUAGCUACUGUGAAAGCACUAAACCACUUAAAAGAAAACUUGAAAAUCAUUCACAGAGAUAUUAAACCUUCCAAUAUUCUUCUGGACAGAAACGGAAAUAUUAAACUCUGUGAUUUCGGCAUUAGUGGACAACUUGUAGACUCCAUUGCCAAAACCAGAGAUGCUGGCUGCCGGCCCUACAUGGCACCAGAGAGGAUAGACCCCAGUGCAUCCAGGCAAGGAUAUGAUGUCCGCUCUGAUGUCUGGAGCUUAGGGAUUACAUUGUAUGAACUGGCCACAGGACGGUUCCCCUAUCCCAAAUGGAAUAGUGUUUUUGAUCAACUGACACAAGUAGUCAAAGGAGACCCACCACAGCUGAGUAACUCAGAGGAACGGGAGUUCUCCCAAAGUUUUAUCAACUUUGUCAACUUGUGCCUUACAAAGGACGAGUCCAAAAGGCCAAAGUAUAAGGAGCUUCUGAAACAUCCCUUCAUCCUAAUGUAUGAGGAGCGAACAGUGGACGUUGCGUGCUAUGUUUGUAAAAUCCUGGAUCAAAUGCCAACGACUCCGAGCUCUCCAAUGUAUGUCGAUUGAUACUGCUGCUACAUCAAAACUCUAGUGCAAAUGCUGAGAAAAAGCAAGAUGUACAGAAUCUUCACCCCGUAUUGCAGUGUUUUAACGCUCGCCCAGACACCAUGUGCAAUAAUGUUGGUGUUUUUCUUCCAUUCUGUCUGUAUAUUAUUGUCACUUAUAAAGUGCAUCCAUGUAAUAAUACCUGAUCACAGUGUUAGUGUCAGUCAAAGAGAGAUCUUAUUUUGCUCUUUUUGUGGACAUAUUCAUAAAACGUGGAAAUAAGUAACAUUUUAUUUGUUGACCAUGAUUGGAUAGCACCUAAAGUUAAUUUCUAGACUCAGAGACUUCUCAGCAGCUACUGGAAUGAUUUUAUUCUCUCAAACUCUUCCAAUUGUUACAGAUAAUAUAAAAGAAAGGAAGUUAGGCAUUGGCCUAUCUGAUUCUGAACAUAAACUGCUUGGGGAGAAAGAAACUUUUAUGCAGCCAAAUGAGCUACUUUUACCUUCUGAAGCCAACAAAGGCAAAGAGGGGAUAAUAUAUAAAUAUAUAUAUAAAUAUAUUUCUUCACAAAGUGCAAUAGAUUAAUUGAUUUGAAAUUCUGUUGCUUUUCAGUCACAGUAUAUGUUUUGAAGACAAUUGUGGCUCAGCAGAACUUCAUAUUUCGGAGGGAGAAAGAAGUGAUCAUGUAAAAUGGACUAUGUCUUUACCAAAAAAUAAAAAUAAAAAUGCAUUGCAUUGCAUUGAAAGGAGCUAACAAUUAAACUCAUGAGAGUAUGAGUUUGAACUCAUGGAGAAUAAUGUAUUGUUUCAUUUUCCAAGCAAGCCACUUCUUCAGUAGAACUAGGUGUCCUGUAAAUUGUUACCUGGUGAGAUAAGACUUUUACCUGAGGAAUUAUUAAACUACUCAGUUGAAUUUAACUGGCUUGUGACCCCUGAUUUCCACCUCAUGGCUAAACUUUCACCAUUGAAAGGGUACGGGACAGUUCGCAGUUGUGAAGAGCUAUUUUACAUUGUUAAUAAUUAUUUGUAAUUUAUCUCCAUCAAACUUCUCAUGUUUUCCAGUUGCAUAGAAACUUCCCACAGAGCUCCAGGUAUGACUUGGAUUUCUGAUAUUAACCGUCAGAUCAAAUAAGCUCCCCACAUCCCCAUCAGUUGGAUAGUUGGGCUUCCAAAAUCAUUACAAAGAGGAUGCUAAAUAUGUUUGCUUUCAUUUUGUGGAUGAAUUUGUUUAUUAGAAGAAUUUCCUAACCCAACGGUAACUAAGAGAACUGGAAUGUUAAGUUCUUAAAAGCAUGUGACAGAAAAAAGGAAACCCAGAGGUUAUAUUGCCAGACGGAGGGUGGGGUGGGGGAGCCCUUUAAACAAUUAUAUUGUCAUCUCAACUGCAUCCAGUGUGAUCUUGUCUUCUAAGUCACAAGGGGGAGGAAGUGGUGUUUUUUAAAAUCCAAAGUUAUUUGUAAUCUCAGUAACAGUCACUAUUUAACAUGUAAUACUAGAAUUGUAAGGGAAUUAAGCUUUACCAUUGAGUGGGUCAGCGAUAACAAGACCCUGUUACUAUAACCAGUUAACUUAAUUUUCUCUAGUAUACCAGCUGAUUAAUAGGAUUUGGGGGCAAAAUCUUGGUCAACACCAUAAGAGAUAAUGUAUUGAAAUGGGAACCAGUUGGGACCAGGGUCAUUCCAAGACAUUUUGCUGCCUGAGGUAAAUGACAAGUGCAGAAGCUGACCAAACUGCCAGGUAAGCACCCACCACCUGAGCGGCUGUUUCACUUGCCCAAUGGUAGGCAAAGUCUCUGGUUGGGACUGUUCUAAUGUAGUAAUUAUUCAUUGUAAUCCACUCAGGUGGAAGAUUUUCGACCUCAUCCAGAUGUUCCCAACCUCUAUAUGCCUAUCUCCUGGCUUUUCCUCUUUGUGCCUGCCGGAAAUUGAAUAGUAAUUAGAGCCCCUUUCAUCUUGCAUUCUAUUCUCACGUAUGUUAGCAGCGCAUUUCCAUUUGGUCAACCGCAAAUGGAGGUAGCUCCUAUUCAGGCUCAGUGGAUGUCUGAGAGGAACUGUUCUAGCAUAUUAAUCAUAGAUUGAUAUAUUAAGGGUGCAGCAUUUAUAUUACAGUAUAUGUUUAUAAAGAUGUAUAGUGUUCAGAAGCUGUGAAAAUAGUGUAAGAACUGUACAUUGUGAGCUCUGGUUUAAUUUUUUUCUUGUACCAUAGAAAAAAAAUGUAAAGUUUAUUGAGAAGCUGAUGUGCAGGGGAUAUUGCCUUAUUGUCUGUAAGUAAAAUGGAGUUUGACAACA